GGCGGCGGCGGCGGUGGUGGUGAAGGCGACGCGUCCCAGCCGGACCAAGUCUCCUGCCGCCCAGAGCUGGCCUGGAAUGGGUAAUGGUGUGAAGGAGAGUACGGCGCGUGUGCGAGAGGAUGCCGAGGCCAUCCUGCCCUCACCCGUCAGUUCCAAGAGUGAUCACAGGCAAGUUCUCAGCUCCCUCCUGUCUGGGGCCCUGGCGGGUGCUCUUGCCAAAACGGCUGUAGCUCCCCUGGACCGAACCAAAAUCAUCUUCCAAGUGUCUUCAAAGAGAUUUUCUGCCAAGGAGGCCUUCCGGCUGCUGUACUUCACCUACCUCAACGAGGGCUUCUUCAGCCUGUGGCGCGGGAACUCGGCCACCAUGGUGCGCGUGGUGCCCUACGCCGCCAUCCAGUUCAGUGCCCACGAGGAGUACAAGCGGGUCCUGGGCCGCUACUAUGGCUUCCGCGGGGAAGCCCUGCCCCCAUGGCCCCGCCUCCUUGCGGGUGCACUGGCCGGAACGACAGCUGCUUCACUGACCUACCCCCUGGACCUGGUCAGAGCCAGGAUGGCCGUGACCCCAAAGGAAAUGUACAGCAACAUCUUUCACGUCUUUAUCCGCAUCUCCCGCGAAGAGGGUCUGAAGACCCUCUACCAUGGCUUCACGCCCACCGUGCUGGGGGUCAUUCCAUAUGCGGGGCUCAGCUUCUUCACCUAUGAGACACUCAAGAGCCUGCACAGAGAGUACAGUGGCCGCCCGCAGCCCUACCCCUUUGAGCGCAUGAUAUUCGGGGCCUGCGCUGGCCUCAUUGGGCAGUCGGCCUCGUAUCCGCUGGACGUGGUGCGGCGGCGCAUGCAGACGGCUGGGGUCACCGGGCACCCGCACGCCUCCAUCGUGGGCACGCUGCAGGCCAUCGUGCGGGAGGAGGGCGCCGUGCGCGGCCUCUACAAGGGCCUGAGCAUGAACUGGCUCAAGGGCCCCAUCGCCGUGGGCAUCAGCUUCACCACCUUCGACCUCAUGCAGAUCCUGCUUCGGCACCUGCAGAGCUAGGGACCCGCGCGCCAGGGAGCGGGGCUUCCAUGUGCAGCGGACCACCGACCCCUUGUUUCUGAGCCUGUGGGGUGAGGUUGCGCUCGAUUCCACCCCGGGACCCGGGACGUCGGAGCACCUUGUAGAACAAGCUGGGGGGCCUGGUCGGGGUCCCAAAGGCAGCGGCCCUUGAAGUGCAAUGUUGGGACUGAUGGGCGGGGCCUCUCGCGCUCUCCCCAGCCCUCCUCCCCAGGCAGGCGGCCCUGUUUCCUGGAGGGGCUGCCCUAAAUGACGGGAGCUGGGAGUGACCAGCGCCACCUCCUGGUGCUCUGUGACCUGGGACACGGUCCUGGUUCUAGUGACCCAAUGCCCACGGGGCCUGGAGCCAGACUUCGCCUGCCCCUGUUCUUACAGAGAGGAGGGAGCCCCAGGAUAGACAGAGAGGCCCCAGCCUCCCGGCCGUGGUGAGAUGGGGCUGGCCUCGUUUUCAGCUGGGGC